AUGAAGCAGAGAUUCUCGUCGCUAGACGUCAAGGUCAUCACGCAGGAGCUGGCCGCGGAGCUGGUCAACCUCCGCGUGUCCAACAUCUACGACCUCUCCUCCCGCAUCUUCCUCUUCAAGCUUGCCAAGCCAGAUCACCGGCGCCAACUAAUCGUCGACUCCGGCUUCCGCACCCAUGUCACACAAUACUCCCGCACCGCAGCGUCCGCCCCCUCGCCCUUCGUCACCCGCCUGCGCAAGUACCUCAAGUCCCGGCGCAUCACCAGUAUAACCCAGAUCGGAACGGACCGUGUCAUCGAUAUCUCCUUCAGCGAUGGCACAUACCACCUCUUCCUCGAGUUCUUCGCGGGCGGCAACAUCAUCCUCACGGAUCGCGAGCUCACCAUCAUCGCGCUAUUCCGACAAGUCUCCGCCGGCGAGGGCGAAGAAGCCAAGCUAGGGAUAAAGUAUACCGUGACGAAUAAGCAGAAUUAUGGGGGUGUGCCGGAUAUCACGGACGAGCGGGUGAAGCAGACGCUGGAGAAGGCUAAAGCGGUAUUUGCGAGUGAGGCAGGUGCGCCGAAGAAGUCGAAGAAGAAGAAUACCGAUGUUCUGCGGAAGGCUCUCUCUCAGGGGUUCCCGGAGUAUCCCCCGCUUUUAUUGGAUCACGCGUUCGCAGUGAAGGAGUUUGAUCCCGCGACGCCGCUGGAUCAGGUCUUGGGACACGAGGCUGCCUUGCAGAAGGUUAGGGAUGUGCUUGAGGAGGCUCGGCGGGUAUCGGAUAGCUUCGGCGUUGGCGAGAAUCAUCCUGGUUAUAUUGUUGCCAAGGAAGAUACGCGAGCUUCCGCUGAUGGAGAGAGUGCCUCGAAGACGCCUGGUCUGUUAUACGAGGACUUUCACCCGUUCAGACCGCGGCAGUUUGAUGGCAAGCCUGGAAUCACCAUCCUCGAGUUUGACCGGUUCAAUGCUACGGUUGACGAAUACUUCUCGUCUCUGGAAUCGCAGCGUUUGGAGUCCAGGUUGACGGAGAAAGAAGAGGCUGCCAAACGCAAGCUAGAAUCUGUCCGAGAGGAGCACCGGAAACGCAUUGACGCCCUGAAAGACGCACAGGAACUGCAUAUCCGCAAGGCUGGCGCCAUUCAGGACAACAUGUACCGGGUUCAAGAGGCGAUGGAUGCGGUCAACGGUCUUGUCGCGCAGGGCAUGGACUGGGGUGAAAUUGCCCGUCUUAUUGAGAUGGAACAAGGUCGGGGGAACCCUGUUGCGCAGAUCAUCAAGCUUCCGUUGAAGCUGUACGAGAACACCGUCACUCUUCUGCUUGCGGAGGCUGGUGACGAUGAGGAGGAUGACGAGGAAGAGCUUGCCUCCAGCGACGAAUCUGAAUCAGACUCGGAAGGCGAAGAGCGGGAGGAGAAGCGACGUGCAGACGCUACCUCGAAGAUGUUGUCCAUCGAUAUCGACCUCGGUCUAACCCCUUGGGCAAACGCUUCGCAAUACUACGAUCAGAAGAAACAAGCGUCUGAGAAGCAGCAGCGGACUGCCCAGUCAUCCUCAAAGGCUCUCAAGAGUCACGAGAAGAAGGUCACGGCCGAUCUCAAGAAGAGUCUGAAACAGGAGAAGCAAGUUCUACGCCAGGCCCGCGUGCCCUUUUGGUUUGAAAAGUUUGUCUUUUUUAUCUCCUCGGAAGGCUACUUGGUUAUUGGUGCCCGCGACGCGAUGCAGAGCGAACUCCUAUACCGCCGCUAUCUCAGCAAAGGCGACAUCUUCAUCCACGCCGACCUCGAAGGCGCCCUUCCAAUCGUCGUCAAGAAUCGUACCGGAAACUCAGACGCACCAAUCUCCCCCAGCACCCUCUCUCAAGCCGGAAAUAUGUGCGUGGCAACAUCCACGGCUUGGGACUCCAAGGCCGUCAUGUCUGCGUGGUGGGUGCAUGCGCACCAGGUCUCCAAGACUGCACAGGUGGGCGGUGGCAUCUUGCCUACGGGUCGAUUCGAGGUGAAGGGCGAGAAGAAUUUCCUUGCGCCUUCGCAGUUGGUUCUGGGAUUUGCUGUUCUGUGGCAAAUUAGCCAGGAUAGCGUGAAGAAUCACAAGCAGCUGUUUGAUGUAGCGGCGGAGACUGUAGAUGCAGAGGUUAAGGAGGCACCCCAGGAUGACCGGGGGGCCGCUACAGAAGAAACUGCUCUCGAAGCCGCUCCUGUGGAAGAUGCUACUACUACUACUGUCGACGACGAGGCUCCUCAAGAUGAGCAGCAGGAAAACGAUGCUUCUGGGGAUGAGGAGGACGCAGAAGAAGAUGAGGAGGAUCAAGCUCCAGCUAGAAACCCCCUUCAGCGUGGCAACUCUGAACUCCCCAUCAGCUCGGAACAGCAAUCGCCCGAAUCCGAGGCAGAAGAGGAUGGUGACAAGGAAGAUCCAGAGCUGGAGUCCGUGCAAGAAGAGCAGGCUGCUGAGGAGAAUGACGAGGCGUCACAAACCCCGACCUGGCAAGGAGGAACCGGCUGCGCCGCGCAUCCCCCAACCCGCGGAAAGAAGGCGAAGGACAAGCGUGCAGCAGCCAAGUACGCCCAGCAAGACGACGACGAGCGCGAACUAGCCCUCCGCCUCCUCGGUUCCAACAAAGGCAAAGCCGCAAAGGCCGCCAAGGCCGCCGAAGCCAAAGCCCAACGUGAACGCGAAGCCGAAGCCCAAAAAGCCCGUCGUCGCGCACAGCACGAACGCGCCGCCGAAGCCGAACGCAAGCGCCAGGCUCUUUUCGAAGAAGGCGGCGACGAUUACAACGAGGAGAUUGCCGCCGCCGAAGCGGCAGAUCUCAGUUGGUUGCCCGCACUAGUUGGCACCCCUUCACCAGAUGAUGAGAUUCUGGGUGCGAUCGCGGUGUGUGCCCCGUGGGGCGCGCUGGGACGGUACAAGUACAAGGUGAAGCUGCAGCCUGGCGCCGUCAAAAAGGGUAAAGCCGUCAAGGAGAUCGUUGGACGAUGGGUCUCUGAGACGACGACAGGCAAGGUGAAGAAGGAGUAUGCGGAGGAUUUGGGGAUUUCGAGGGUUGAUGCUGAGAAGUUGCGGGAGAAGGAGGGAGAGUUGAUUAAGGGGUGGAAGGAGACGGAGAUUAUUAAUACGAUGCCGGUUGGUAAAGUGCGUAUUAUGACGCCUGGAAGUGGUGGUGGUGGAGGUGGAGGGGAUAAAGGGAAGGGUGGUGGGAAAGGUGGAAAGGGUGGAGGUGGUGGGCGAGGAGGAGGGAAGGGAGGGAAAAAGAAGUAG